AAGACAGCAUUGGUGUAGUGGUGACGCUAUCGAUUUAAAUUCUGCUGUGAGUGUUGAUAAGAAUUUGUGAAGUUAAUUUUAUGUUUAAUAAAAGAGAUAUUAACUACAAGUAUUUAUCGAAAUGAGUUUAAGUUACGUUCAAGUGGCUGAGGAUGAAGGCGAGGAACCGAUUGAAGUACCAUGCGAAGAAGAUGGAACGCUUUUAUUGACAACAUUGGCUGCACAAUUCCCUGGUACUUGUGGAUUAAAAUAUAGAAAUCCUGGAACAGGAACUAUGAGAGGAGUUCGAGUUACUGAUGGGAAAUUGCUUCCACCUCCAGGAUCUGGUUGGGGAAAUUCCUUAUAUAUCUGUGUUUUUCCUAAAGUCACUGAGAACAAGAGAAAAUCUUGUGACCAGCUUGAAAACAGCUCUGCAAAAACUAAGAGAAUGGAGACAAAGCAUAAGUGUUCCGAUCUUAUUGUUUUGGGUUUACCAUGGAAAACAACAGAACAAGAGCUUCGUCAAUACUUUGAAUCAUUUGGGGAAGUUUUAAUGGCACAAGUUAAAAAGGAUCCUAAGACUGGUCAGUCUAAAGGUUUCGGUUUCAUAAGGUUUAGUAAUUAUGAAUCUCAAGCACGAGCAUUAUCAAAACGUCAUCUGAUUGAUGGAAGAUGGUGUGAUGUAAGAAUUCCAAAUUCGAAGGAUGGUCAAGUUGCUGAAUUAAACAGAAAGGUUUUUAUCGGCCGUUGCACAGAGGAUAUCACUGCAGAUGAUUUGGAAGAAUACUUCUCUAAAUUUGGUGAGGUAACAGAUGUUUUUAUCCCCAAACCCUUCAGAGCAUUUGCGUUUGUAACGUUUCUGCAUCCAGAAGUUGCACAAAGUCUCUGUGGUGAAGAUCAUAUUGUGAAAGGUGCAAGUCUGCUUGUAAGUAGUGCUGUACCAAAAAGUGCAAAUGCGAACUAUCACAAUCGAAAAGGAGAUGGUCGCACACCAAAUCCAAAUUUUCCACACAAUCCAGGAUUUGGGCCUAGUCACCAUGGUGGGAAUGCAAGUAUUUGGAAUCAAUCUCCAUAUAACAUGCCUAGGGGUGGGGACAACAUUCCUAAUUUAGCUCAGUUGAGCACCACUUUAGGCCUUGGAAAUCCUAAUCCUAACCAAGGGGCUGGAAAGGGCAUGAAUACAACCCCUCCCACUCUCAGUAUGGGGGCACUGAACUUGGGAGCGGCUUUACCUUUGAGUUCAGCAGUAGUAGCUGCAGCAUUAGGUCAAGCUGGUCUUGGGAUAUUGGGAGGUAUUACAAAUCAAGGAAAUUCAGAUGAUUGUCCUAAUCCUAAUGUAAAUACAUCAGGUGCUGGACCUAAUGCCAAUAGUAUGGGUGGGGGUGGCUGUCCUACAUGGAUGAAUCAGACGUCAGGCAGUAAUGAAGGGCCUGUACCAUGGAGUCCAAGAGAUUCCAAAGGUUAUGGUAUGCCGGUUUUGAAUUAAAAAUUACUCUGUAUUUUCAGUUCUCAUUCAUUGUUAAAUACUUAUCAUCACUUGCAUUUUGGUUGAAUUUGAAAUAUGUAUAUUUGACAUAGCCAUUUAUUAUAUUGUUAGUUUAUAUUAUAUUAAUUUGUUUAUGGAAUGGAUUAAUUGGUUUCUUAAAAAAAGUUUAUUUUAGAUUUUCUAGAAGGUUGCAUUUUAUCUUCAUAUAAAUUGCUUUAGAUGCCAGCACACAUUAACUUAUUCAUAUUUGAACAAAAUUUGUAAAAAACGUAAACCUGCCAUUUGUUGUUUUUUCCAAUACUUAAAAUUAGCAAAUAUUUUAAAAUAUGUAUUUAAUAUGAUUUCCAUAUUUGUUCUAGACAGAUUUAUAAAAUUCACCAUUUAAAAUUGACAUAGUGUGUUACACUUCAGUGAUAUAGCAUUGUAUAUUUUUGAAAAGUGCCUUGCUGAGAGAGUGUGUAUUUGGCUCUUUGAGCUAAACUUUAGACUGUUAAAAGAUUUUAAAGCCAAAUCAUAUAAGCUAUAAAAAUAUAUAUUAUUUGUCAUUAAUAGAUCAGUAUUCUGAAGCUAUGCAAAGGAAAAAAAAAAAAAAAAAAGGUAAUUGUAUUUUCCUCCGUUCUCCACUGAAUACUAACCAGCUGAAGUAUUAUGGCCUUCUUUGUUGUGAAUUAUGGUGUUUAUGUAAUUUGUAAUUAGGUGUAUGAAUGUGUAAUUAUGAAGUCAAUACAUGUAUAAUCUUUGAAGUUUGUCUUCAGUGUGUGUUGCAUUUAUUUAAAUGUUAUAUGCUGUAUUUACUCACAUCAUACUUGUUUGCAUUCUAUCGCAAAAGAAUUAUUAUUCUUGAUUUCUGCUGAAGAAAUAUUCAAAGUUGUUAGAAGCAGAUGCUUGUUAGUAUGAUAUGUACAGUAGAACCUUUAUUGUUAUUUUUUAAGAAGCAUAACAAGUGUUUAAAAAUCAGAGAUACAUUUCAUAAUAAUAAAAUUUUUUAAUAUGCCAUAAUUUAAUCAUCUAACAAGUUAUGAAAUAAAUUGGUAGAAAUUUACCUUUUUUUUUUUUACUUAUGUCUGUUAAAUUCUAAGUGUUUAAAAAAAAGGGAAAGAAAGAAAAAAAUGUAUUGCAUUUUCUUUAUAAAUACUUGACAUACGAUAUAUUACUAAGUUGUAUUUUUUUUUUUUUUUUUACUUUAAAUUUAGUGUUUUAAAGCUAUCAUAGCACCGUGAAAAAGAACUAUAUAUUUUAAAGCAUAUAUACUUCGUUUUAUUCUCGUAUUCUGACCCUCUCCUCCUUCCCAUUUCUUUUUGUAUCUCUGCUUGAGAUUGUGGAUAUUGUAUGUAAUUAAAAUUUCAAUGUUUAAGGCAAAGAAAUUUUUUUAAACAGAUCUCUUUGUAUAUUAAUCUAGAAGUUGCUUUGACUAAUGAGUCAUUUGUUUCAUAUCCAAAUAAAUAGGAAGUUUCAUCUAAUCAUAUCAUUUUUCAUAAUUAGAAUUAUAUUUAUUUCGGAUAUGAAACUUCAUUUUGCAUGUUGAUAAUAAAUUCUGUAUGUUCAUUUUCAUAUUUCAUCUAAUUCAUCUUUAUUUUAAAUUGUUAAUUAUUGAAUUUGUUUUAUUGAUCUGAGUUCCCUUUUCAAUACAUAGUAAUCAUAAAAGUAAUUUGAUUUGGCUAUGUACCUUGUUGGUUUUUAUACAAAAACUUCCAUCAAAGCAAUUAACCAAUAAUUUCAAUAAGGUAUCAAAAACAUAUUUUGUGCCUUUAACUGAAGUUAGCUAUAAAACUAGAAACAAUAACCGUUGUAAUGAAAUUAAAUAAGUAUUUUAAACUUAAAGCUACUGUUCUGUUAUCAGGACCGGAUUCAGAAAUAUAUGAAUGUAUGUGCUUGUUGUGUAUGUAUGUAUGUGCAUCUGUGUGUAUAUGUAUACAUACAUUCGUGCUUACAUAUAUACAUGCAUUCAAGAAAAGGUUAACGCCCCUGUAAAUCCAAACCGAAUUUCUGUUGCAGUAUGACAAAGCAGAACCAGUACAUCUAUGCAUACAAGCAUACAUACUUUUCUGGAUCUGGUUCUGAUAACAGAACAGUACCAGCAUAGGUAUAGUAAAAGCUUUUUCAGAGAAAUAACUGAUUAAAGUUCUACUGUUACGUGUGCAUUUUUGGCUGGUGUCGGAAAAUAUUUAAAUUUUCUCACCAUAUAUCAGCCAUUGUGUGAGUAAAUUUCACUUUGUGAUUAAAAUCUCUCAUUGUUAGACACUUCUUCAGUGCACCAAGUGGUUUUAAAUAUAAUGUGACAUGAACACUUUUUCCAAAGGAGGGUUGUACUAGAAAAUUUGAAAAUUGACUGUUUAUUGCAGUACUUGCAUAAAAACAGACAAAAAUUAGGUUGGUAUUGAACAUAUGUGCUUAUAUAGUAGUUUCAAAUUUUGAUGACUUAGAGACCUGCCACACUUGACCUUCUGUAGAAGUCUGUUGUAUAGUAUAGUUCUGAAUUAUUUUUGUUUGUAAGGGUGGAGUUUACAUACUGCAGUAAUUAAUGUGAGUAUAUUCUGCAUUGUAAAAUAAUUCAUAGAAGUUGAGAGUAUUGAUGGGUUAACUGGUUUUGAAAGAAUGUGUUCCAUUUCAUUAAAAUAACUUAACAAAAAUUUGAACUUUGCAUUGAAUGAAUUUGGAUAUGUAACUUCCUUCUCUGUGAUUAGGUGAAUUAAAUGAACUGUGUCAUCAUCAAUUCUAAAUAUGAAUUUAUCUCAACAAUAUUCUGUUACUCUUUGUGCUAACCUAUCAAUAGCUCAUUUUCAUUUAUAUUUAAUAUGUUCUAUUUCCACUUACAAUGUCUGAAAGUUUAAUAAGACAGUAGUAUAACUUCUGUUGGCAAAUAUAUGUACUUUGUAAUUUUACUUGUUUUUAUUUUUAUCUUCUGUAUGGCUAUCUAUUUCUUUUUAAAAACUUGUUUCUUAAAUAUUAGAUUGAUAUGACUAGUUCAUUUUUUUCUGAGUAACUUUUUAAUCUUGUACUGCAGUGUUAAUACUUUAUUCAUAUUUCAAAUACUUCUAUUUCCUGUGGUAUAUAGCUUGCGUGUGAGUAUAGAUUAUAAAAUGUAUGCAAGUUGGAUUUAAAAUGUAUUUUGACGGAUAACUGGUAUAUGAAUACCUAUGUGUAUGUAUUGGAUGUGAUUGAUAAUGAUUAUUUGCUGCAUGUUGUCUUGAGUCAAUGGCUUGUAAUUAUGCAAGAUUGUCUGUUUCAAUAAAAAAAUUCUUUACUGAA